AUGCCCAGCUUUGCUCCGCUGACACUCUCUCAUGCGGUUAACCCGUUCGCGCCAGACCAAAUUGAAGCAAUGUCCAGCUUCUUCGAGCUCUACGACAAGAAGGCCAAUCAACUGGAUGAAGCCCAUGUAAACGUACGUGACGAGAUAGAACAGUGCGACCAGGACAUUUUUGAGCUGGAGACGCAGUUGCGCAUGUUGGAGUUGAGGUUUGAAGAACAGAGUUCUAAGUAA